AAUGUCAAGGUCAUUUCUCACUACCUUGUUAAAAUAGUAUAAAUUUGUACAAAAAUUUCCGUAAAUGUGGCUAAGUAAGCUAGUAUUUGUAAUUUUAAUAAUUGGUCGUUGUUCUUUGGCCGCUGAUAAAGAAGAUGAGAACGUUUAUACUACUACAGAUCCUAAAAAACGCGAACCGUCCCCUUGUGAAGGUAUAUUCAAUGAAAGAUUAUACAUUAAAGAAAUUACCUUUUAGAUUGAUUUUCUUUCAUAUUUUGAUAAAAAUAAGUUUGCAAAUAUUUUGUAACGGAAUUAAAAGAACGUUUGGAUGAGACUGGAAAGAAUCGCGAAAAAAUAAGGACCGGUUAUGAUUUUGAUUUAGAUUCUAAGAAGGAAUUUGAUUACAGAACAUCGUGCGCUUAUUCGUUAUCAAUAUUAAAUUAUUUGUAGCUUGAUUUUUGUUUCUUUUUCUUUACAUUUGCUUUAGAAAAGAUAUUUAAAAGUCUCUCUUUUUUUUGAUAUCUUGCCAUUGUUAUUUAUAAUUGUUCUCUCUCACUCGAAUUCUAUUCUAGUCUGUAAAAUCUUCGCCCUCGAACUUCAGGACAAACUAGAUCAAACAAAACACUCCAAGCAAGUCUUAGAAACUGGCUACGAUAUAAAUAAAGAAAAAAAAAAGAAACCUUAUAAAUAUUCGUGAGUGUUGUAUUCUCUCUCUUCCUCUUAUGUCGAUAUUCUAUAUUCUCAUCGAAUGUUCUUUACUUUGUAAUAUAUAUUCCCUAUCUUAUUCAGAGAUGACCAAAAUAUUAAAACUUGCUUAUUUAAUAAACUAUAUUUCCAGAGAAACAAGACUUAUAGAAGCGCUAGAAGAUCCUCAUAUAUGCGAUAAGAUUCUUAAGUAUAAUGUUCAUGCUGAGAGAAAAGGAAGCUUAAGAUAUGCAAAAGGUCAAAGUGAAACUAUGCAAACUCUACAUAAUCUCGUUCAUAAAGGUGUUAAAGUAGUUUACGAUAUACCAUACGAAUUAUGGAAUGAAACUUCGUCCGAAAUUGUCAAAAUGCAUAGAGCAUGUUUUGCACUUGCAAAUGAUUAUGAGGAAGAUAUUCAGGAAUGGUACUAUAAUCACCAAGACACAGUUAGCUUAAUGAAGUAUGUAUGUGCUGAUAGAUACCUUAAAGGGAAAGACAAAAAAUGUUUGGACGAAAUAUUCUUUUCGAAGGGAGAAAGUGAUGACGACGAUGAUACAGAUUCAAAAGCGAAACAGAAGAAAUUGAAGCCAAAAAAAUCAAAAACUGAUUCGCAAUCUGAAAAAAAGAAUCCUAAAUACGCAAAAGGUGAUAAAGGUAGAAAGGUUGAGCUAUAAAAAACAUUGGCGCUAAAUUUUGUCAACAUCUAGUCGUUCUCUCUGGAAAUAUAUCCUACAAAAUCCUCAAAGUUAUUCUUUCUCUCAAUUUGUGGUAAUUUUUUAUGUUUUGUAUUUUAUAUACAAUUUUUACAAUUUCAAUGAAAAAUUAUUUCUAUAAAUUUAUGUUUUUUCUCGUUUUUGUGAGCUUCGUCAAAACGUUUUAAUUAAUUCAUGCUUUUGUAUCUUUCGUCUGUUUUCUUUUUUUUUUUGUCAUUUAACCUCUUUUGUAUCAAAUAGAAAUAGAAGCUGUCCUUGAAAGAAUAAAUUCUCUUAAGUGUAUAUUUAAGGGCAAAGUACAAGAAGUAAUAAAAUCAGUUGGUCCAUUACAAAAUACUUCACUAUUUUAAGGCUACAAGCAUUUAAUUUUUUACAAUUAACUGAUAGCUUCCUCAAAACCUGUACGACAAGUCAUGUUUAAGUCUUUCUCUUCUACUUGAUCUUCAAUAACUGGAUCGUUUGCCAUACUUUCCUUAAUCUUUUCAACGCCUCUCAUUACUCUUAAAAUAUUUUUACCAGCCAAUUUAAUAAGGUCUUCAUCACUCCAGUUUCGACGAAUAAGUUCAGCGAAUAAUUUAGGAUAAGUUGAAACAUCUUCCAAACCAAUAGGCGUAAGAUCAACUCCGUCGUAGUCGCCGCCUAUUCCAACAGUAUCGAUUCCAGCCGUCUGUUUAAUAUGAUCUAUAUGAUCGGCUACUUGGGUAAGGUUUGCCUUUGAAUUACAACUAAUAAAUCUGUUGUAGAAGUUGACCAUAACAACGCCUCCAUUAUCUUUCACCCUCCUCAGAAUAUCGUCUGGAACAUUUCGAAAUGAAUCGCACUUUGCUCUUGCCGAUGAAUGACUGUACAUAACUGGUGCCUUAGUAGUAUCAAGAGCAUCUUUCAUUGUGUUUACAGAUACAUGACUUAAAUCGAGUAUCAUACCCAUUCGAUUCAUUUCUUUUAUUAAUCUUUUACCAAAGUCGGUCAAACCAAAAGAGUUUUCAUUUCCAUUUUCGGUAGCCCAAGGUGUUGCACAGUUGUGAGUCAAAGUUAAAUACCUUACACCUAAUUCGUAAAACAUUCUCAAAGCUGCCAAGCUACUAUCAAUCAUAUGACCACCUUCCAUACCAAUAAGCGAGGCAAUUUUACCUUUUGUAAAGGCUUCUUCAACUUGAUCAGCAGUUGUUGCGUAUUCAAAUACGUUGGGAUACUUGGCGAUGAAUCUCCGAAUAAUAUCCGCUUGUUCGAGAGCAGCCCUAACAGCAUCACGAUAUUGCUGCUUGCAUCCAACGUAUAAGGCCCAAAAUUGACCUCCAAGUAAACCUUCUUUCAAUCGACUUAUAUCCGUAUGAGAUAUAUUUCCCCAUACUUUUUUCAAAUCAUCAUUUAGAUUUACAUUGUUAAGUUUACUUUUAGCUUUAGCAAGAAUUCUCCAAGCAAGAUCGUUGUGACCAUCGAUUAGAAUAUUAUUCUCUAAAAUCCACUUUGCUCUUUCAAAAGCGUCGGAGGGACCACUAGAUUUCCUUGUUAAUCCGACAGACAAUCCAAUUAUUAUAGCUAAAGCAACGAUACCGCCGACAAUACCAAUAAUAAUCCAUUUUCUCCGAUUUUUAUUUUCACCUACGAAACUUUCGUGCAUGAUGCCUGAGGAUCGAAUGCAACUCUUAUUUUAUUGAGAGUUAUUUUUGAGAGUUU